AUGGAAGACGCCACUAUUGCUGAGUCGGUCAGUUCUGGCGGUAAGCCAGGCAGCAUUAGGGGGAAAGUAGAUUCGCCAGACAUAUCAGUUGAAGAUCAGCGUGAGAUCAUGAAUCUAGCAAGACGUCUCACGGCAGACUCAACGAGAUGGCACGAUCCACCAAAUCCUUUCCUCAACUGCGACGAUCCGAGUCUAGAUCCCAAUUCCUCAAAAUUCAACGCUAGACAUUGGGCAAAAGCGGUUCUCCAAUUGACUGCGCAAGACCCUCACAGGUUUCCACAGCGUACGGCAGGCGUCUCAUUCCGGAAUCUCAGCGUGCACGGGUAUGGCCGUUCAACCGCCUAUCAAAAAGAUUUUUUGAAUGCAGUCCUGCAAGUGACCGAUCUGGUGGGUGGUUUGAUCAACCGAGGUGACCGCAAGCUUCAGAUCUUGAAGGAUCAUGACGGGCUCUUGCGCAGCGGAGAAAUGCUCCUUGUCCUGGGAAGGCCUGGCAGUGGAGUGUCCACAUUGUUGAAGACAAUUGCUGGCCAAACCAAAGGGUUGUCCUUGGAUGAUUCGACAGAAUUCAAUUAUCAAGGUAUCCCUUGGGACAUAAUGCACCGGAAAUUUCGCGGCGAUGCAACCUACCAAGCGGAAACGGACGUACACUUCCCUCAUCUGACAGUCGGGCAGACCCUUUUAUAUGCGGCCCUAGCUAAAACUCCCCGCAACCGACUGCCGGGAGUCUCUCGUGAAACCUACGCAACUCAUCUGCGUGACGUGGUCAUGGCCGUGUUUGGAAUCUCCCAUACGGUUAACACAAAGGUGGGGGAUGACUUUAUUCGCGGGGUGAGUGGCGGCGAGAGAAAGCGAGUCAGCAUUGCUGAAUUAGCUCUCACCCAAAGCUGUAUACAGUGCUGGGAUAAUAGCACUCGUGGUCUCGAUAGCGCUACAGCAUUGGAGUUUGUGCGCACAGUGAGACUCUCCGUCAACAUGGCUGGGACUGCGGCGGCUCUAGCUCUAUACCAGGCGUCACAACAGGCGUAUGAUGUCUUUGAUAAGGUAGCAUUGCUAUACGAGGGCCGACAAAUUUACUUUGGCCCUGUCGAUCAAGCGAAAUCAUUCUUUACUGAACUGGGCUACCAAUGUCCCGAACGACAAACUACAGCAGACUUUCUCACAUCCCUCACCAACCCCGUCGAGAGGGUGAUCCGACCGGGUUUUGAGUCUCGUGUACCUCGUACCCCGGACGAGUUUGCAAAGUGCUGGAAGGAGAGCCGAUUGAGGAGUGAACUUUUAAAGGAAAUAUCUCUCUUCGAAAACGAGCAUCCGCUGGGAGGGUCUAUGUUGGAGAAGUUCGAACUCUCUAGAGACGCCGAACAAUCUUCAUUGAUGACCGCCAACUCACCCUACACGAUCUCCGUCCCGCAACAAAUUGCCUUGUGUAUCCAACGGGGCUAUCGCAGGAUCCUUGGGGAUACGUCCUUUUUGAUUGUUACUGUUCUUGGCAAUUUUAUUCUCUCCCUCAUUCUGGGCAGCGUUUUCUACCAUCUCUCGGACUCAAGUGCCAGCUUUACCGAUCGAUGUACUCUUCUAUUUUUUGCCUUGCUCUUCAACGCACUGAACAGUGCUUUAGAAAUAUUAGCGUUGUACGCCCAACGACCCAUAGUCGAAAAGCACGCAUCUUACGCCUUCUACCAUCCGAUGUCGGAAGCAGUGGCGUCCAUGAUAUGUGACCUCCCAUGCAAGGUUCUUUCUACGCUGUCAUUCAAUCUGCCGCUGUACUACAUGUCUAAUCUGCGACGUGAAUCCGGCCAUGUGGUAAUAUACCUGCUGUUCGCAUUCCUGUCGACCUUGACCAUGUCGAUGAUUUUCCGCACCAUUGCGCAAUUGACGCGUACAAUCGCACAGGCUCUCACCCCUAUCGCACUGGGUGUUAUUGGCCUGGUGGUCUAUACGGGGUUCGUGUUGCCUACUCGCAAUAUGCAGGUGUGGUUGCGUUGGCUCAACUACAUAAACCCGAUCGCAUACUCGUACGAAACGUUGGUUGCAAACGAGUUUCAUCAUCGCGAAUUCGAGUGUGCUAGCUUCGUCCCAUCCGGUCCAGGGUAUGAGAAUAUCUCCAGUACAGAAAGAACUUGCUCUGUGGCAGGCGCUUCCGCCGUCUCGAGCCUGGUGAGUGGAGAUGCGUACGUUGAGGCGAACUAUGGCUAUUACUACUCCCAUACCUGGAGGAAUCUGGGUAUCCUUAUCGCCUUCGUUAUCUUUUUCAUGACGACGUACCUUAUAAUUGCCGAGUUUCUCGUGUUCAACUAUUCCAAGGGCGAAGUAUUGGUAUUCCAGCGCAGGCACAAGGUGGCUCUCGACAGCAGAAAUCAUACGGCUGAUGAGGAAUGCAGCGCUGAAAAGAUGAAUCAACAUUCCAUGGAUCUGAAAGGGGGCUCAGAAAAGACCAUCAACUUUCAGUUCGAAUCUAACACGUUACAUUGGAGAGAUGUAUGCUACGAUGUGCCUAUUAAGGGACAAAUGCGACGGAUUGCCGAUAAUAUCGAUGGAUGGGUGACCCCUGGCACUCUUACCGCAUUGAUGGGGUCUUCAGGCGCUGGGAAAACCACACUCUUGGACCUUUUAGCAAGCAGGGUCAAAGUCGGCGUUGUCUCAGGUACUGUCUGUGUUAAUGGCAGUCCACGGGACCCUUCUUUUCAGCGGAGGGUGGGUUAUGUCCAGCAGCAAGACGUGCAUUUGGAGACAAGCACAAUCCGAGAAGCACUUAGGUUCAGCGCUCUCCUAAGACAGCCGGCCUCGGUAAGCAAGGCGGAAAAGCUACAAUACGUCGAGGAGGUCAUUGAUCUAUUGGAAAUGCGACCGUAUGCUGAGGCCGUGGUUGGCAUUCCUGGAGAGGGUCUCAAUGUGGAACAACGGAAGCGGUUGACUAUUGGUGUUGAACUUGCUGCGAAGCCAGAUUUGCUACUAUUUCUCGACGAACCAACAUCGGGUUUGGACAGUCAGACAGCGUGGUCUAUCUCCUUGCUUCUGCGCAAGCUGUCCGACCAUGGACAGGCCAUUCUGUGUACAAUCCAUCAGCCGUCGGCAAUCCUCUUCCAGCAAUUCGAUCGGCUACUCCUGCUGGCUAAAGGCGGUCGUACAGUCUAUUUUGGACCCAUCGGGGAGAACUCGGAGACCCUGACCGGCUAUUUCGAAAGGCACGGCGCUCGGCCUUGCGCAAAAGAGGAGAAUCCUGCUGAAUGGAUGUUGGAGGUCAUCGGUGCUGCCCCGGGGAGUGCACCAGUAUGUGACUGGCCUGCAACGUGGAAAGACAGUCCUGAAUUUCGAGCAACUCGGAAGGAGCUGGAACGGCUGGAGAGGCCUGGAUCUCCGGGACCCGACCAAGGCACUGGCUCAUCGCAGCAAUACGCGGCUCCGUUUCACAUCCAACUGUGGCUGUGUACGAAGCGUGUCUUUGAACAGUAUUGGCGCUCUCCUUCAUACAUCUAUGCUAAGCUGAUACUGUGCUUUGGAGCGGCCCUAUUUAUUGGUCUUUCAUUCUUGAAUACAAAGGUAACCGUCCUUGGGCUCCAGCACCAAACAUUUGCCAUUUUCAUGUUGCUCGUCAUUUUCGCAUUUCUCGCCUAUCAGACCAUGCCCAAUUUUAUCAAACAGCGUGAUCUAUAUGAGGUUCGCGAGCGGCCAGCUAAAACAUAUGCCUGGUCUGCGUUCAUGAUGGCCAACAUCAUAGUCGACAUUCCCUGGAAUUCUCUUGCGGCUGUGUUGAUAUACCUUCCUUUCUACUACAUCAUCGGGAUGUACCGCAAUGCCGAGGAGACUCAUGCAGUGACCGAAAGAAGCGGUCUCAUGUUUCUACUUAUUUGGUCUUUCAUGAUGCAUUGUGGCACAUUCACCAUAAUGGUUGUCGCGGGUGUGGCAACAGCUGAAGUUGGGGCCACCCUCGCUCUGUUGCUCUUCUCGAUGAGUCUCAUCUUCUGCGGUGUUAUGGCCAGUCCGGCAAGCCUCCCGGGGUUCUGGAUCUUCAUGUACCGAGUGUCGCCUAUGACGUAUCUCGUCAGCGGCAUGCUUUCUACUGGAUUAGGGAAUGCCGAGGUUGAGUGCUCGGAUUUGGAGCUCAUUGUCAUUCAACCUCCGAGCAACGAGACUUGCGCCAGUUAUCUUGCCUCAUACAUGCAAAUCGCUGGAGGUGCAGUCUAUAACCCCCAGGCUACUGCUAACUGUGAAUACUGCGAGAUGACCAACUCGAACGUGUAUCUCGAGGAGCUGUCUGCCUCAUAUAGCGAACGUUGGCGCAACUUCGGUCUUAUGUGGGCCUACAUUGCUUUUAACGUGUUUGCUGCAUUGUUCUUGUAUUGGUUUGUGCGAGUCCGAAGCGGCUCCACAGCUUCUGUUUUCCGCCGGUUGUCCAAAUUGACUUCCCGGGGCUCGACAAAGCAAUGAAGAUUGUCGGUAGGUAUCUAUCGCUGGCUGCGAUAAAUUGCCUUGGGUCUUUCCAAGACCUAAGAUGGCAUGGUUGGGCUACAAUUCCC